UAAAAUGCAGAGAAAAUGAAUAGCGUAAUUUUGUUGUAAAACUAGUCUUGUAGAUUCCUCGCGAUUUCAGCGCCAUCUUGAAAUUACGUAUCAGUCAGGAUUUCCGACGACGAGUCGACCGAUCGGUUCCGAACAUAUACAUUAACCGCUGACUUCCUGCAGACUCACCCUUCCUCUACGCCGGUGGAAAAUUGCUUCCCAUCUGUGUUUGGGGUUCGGGUCUCUCAGAUCGUCCGCGAUGUCUUACAACAACAUUUCUACCCUCUCGACUUCAUCAGACAUUCUUGACUUCUUGAGACAUAACGAUCUUGAGGACGCCGUACAGGAAUUUCAAAGGAAUCAAGUUGAUGGAGAGGACUUUUUCGAUCUGGAUUUGACCGACAUAUAUUUCAUGAUUCCUCGUUUGAAGUUGAGAAAGAAGUUCAUCAAAGCUUGGAGCAGGGUGACGAAAAUGACAUUUGAUGUGCAUGGUAAAAGGAUAUUUUUGCAAAAAGGAAGCACUACAAUAGAGGAUGGGACUCCAUUGCAGCCUUCAGCAACAUCUAUUUCAAACACUCCAAUACGUGAACAUCUGCAGCCAGUAGCCACUUCUUCUUUUCCCAUCACUCCCAUUCCUGAACAAAUUUCACAGCCAGAUGCGCCAAUUCAAUCCAUUUCAACGACUCAAAUUCCUGAACAUCUUUCACAGCCUUUAGCAGACUCUAUUUCUAACACUUCUGUUUCUAAGCAUCUUUCACAUUCCAUGAUGGCGUCUAUAAACACGACUGUAGAUUCGACACAACCCUCAUUCUGCAUGACUGGACAUUCUACAGAACCUCUAGCAACAUUUAUUUCUGCCUCCUCUGUACCAAGUACACAUCCUUCAUUGCUGGUAGCACCAUGUAGUUCCACAGGAUCAGUAAAUGAACUGACCUACUCUACAACACAGAUGAAUUCCAGCCUCCAACCUCAGUCAUCAACUUCCCCACUCAAUGCUCCACUAAAGCGAAAGCUUUGUUCUGAUGACAGCAUCAUACAUGAGGUUACUCCUAGUAAAUACUGGCUGGAUGCUUUUGUGAUUCCAUCAACGUGGUCACCAGAUGUUGAAGGGGGACUUGAAAAACAGUACCUUAACCCAGCACAAAAGAAUGCCAUGAUACGCCAAAUCUGCUCCUCCAUUAUGGCAGUGACGAACACAACAAAGCGCAGUGAAAGGAACCAGAUAGCUAUCCUUCUUCUUGAAAAGUACCCCUUUCUAAAAGGCUCCAGUGAAACAGACUAUGAAGUAUGGGCAAAAAAGAUGGAAGAGCGAAUCUUUAAUGUUAGAAGGAAAGCCGCCAGGAAUGAAAGGAAGAAGUUAAAAGAAGAGGGUAUUGUUGUUCCGAAGGCCAAACCAGGGAGGAAAAAAAUGGCAGCUGAAGCUGCAAUCAUGUUAACAGAGGAGGCUUUAGAGGCUUUGGAGGAGCUAAGGGUGGAGCUUGUGAAGGUGGUACAGAAUAAGCCUGUUGAUGUCUGCAGACAGAAGGACUUAAUGGAUGCAACAUUUCCCUUGAGAAGAAGAGCAGUUCUAAAGGAAGACAUGGAGGUGUGGGAAGUUGUAAGAAACUACCCUUGUCUACAAGAUCCUGCGGGAAUUGAGCUAAGAGCGGAACUAGGGCGCAUUAUCAGGCCUUGUGUUGACAGAGUAAUGCAAACUAACUGGGAAACUGCAAGGCCCAAGAUUCUUCAGGCAUUGAAAAAGAUUGAUGACGAGGAAAUCCAGAAUAACUUGGCCAUUCUUGAGGAUUCUGAAGCUUCAGAUAACUUAGAAUUGGAAAAUCGCUGUAUCUUUGCCUGCUUGUCAUUCGCUCUUGGAGAGAAGAGCAAUGCGAAGACAAUCGUCGGGGAACUGUUUUGGCAUAUAAUACCAACAUACAGUGACUUCUACGUCUCUUCUAUCAUCUCAAGUUCCACUACCCCAAGACUUCUCUCUACUGGCACUACCAAUGAACUAGAGUCUUUGCAUCUCAUCGGGGACGGCACGGUCAUUGUUUCUUUUAACCCACAAAACAUUUUAGAGGCUGUGAUUGCCUUGAUUUCUAGUUUUUAUACAUUCAAUUAUGUUUACCCAAAAGGACGUGCAGCAAACAUUUAUUCCUUCCUUGAACAUGUUAUGAUAGGAAAACGGGAACCCCUACCAACAGGUGUAGAAACUUUCCUAGGUAGCAUGUAAACUUUUACCCGUGAAAGGAAGUGUGAUAGUCAGGGUAAUAGUCAGUAAAAAAAAAUAGAACAAUAGAAUAUGAUCACAAUUAAGUGUAACACCCUAAAGUGUAGUUCACGGGUUACUGUCGAAUCCGUUGUAUCGUGACCCGCGGUUUUAAAACACGGUUCUGUUUUGGUUUUCUGUUCCGUCAGUAAAACCAUUCUGAGCCAAUCAGAAUCUCGCUUUGUGCACUUCCCUGGCUAUUCUCUGGACAAAAACCAGACAGUGUCGCGACAGAAAGUCAGGCAACUGCACUAGGCGAGAGAUGGCAAGAAUCUGAUUGGCUUAGAAUAAUUUGAAUGGCGGAACAAAAAAUCCCAAAAGACAAAAACAAAUCGAUGUUUCGAAUAUGUGGCGUCGCGACACAACGGAUUCGACAGUAAUGAAAAUCACUCUAGUGCAGCCAGUGCUCCAAGUCUAUGUUAACCCAUUCUCACACUGACCUGUUAUCUACUAUCUCCUUCUCCUUUGCGAAAUUGUUUGCUAAAUUCACUUACACUAUCUUGAUUUUUAGAUUCUUUUUUAUAUAAGAUUAUAUGGAUAAUAUAUUUCAGCCAUCAUAAAGUAAAGUUUUAUAAGCCAGACAGACAGACAGAUUUUAUUAGAGUGCUGUGAACAAAGAUGUACAAACAUUAAGAAAAUGUUGUAUAUAUUUUUAAAUAUUGGGGGGCAAAUCCCCCAGUGCCCCAACCCCUGCUACGGCCCCGAUACUAUUAUAAGAAAUCAGUGGAUAAGGUUUUUGCGAUAUCCAGAAUAAUAAAUAUCGAGACAGUGGAAUCAGACGAGGCCGAAAUAAAAGCCACUUUUCACAAA